UCUACACAUACACUCACCCAGUCACUGUUCAUUGGGGUUGUGAAUUGAAGAAAGGCAAGACUACCAACUUUCCACAGGACAUUGAGAAUGAAGGGUCCGAGAAGGAUGGCAAUACUAGUCCUGUCAAUCUUCCUUUUGCUCCCAGUAAUUUCUGAAGGACAAUAUGGAGCUAGAUGUGAAGUUAUCCCAAAAGACCCAUACAUUGAAUUUGGCUCCGACAUUAAGAUUAUGUUUAAGAAGACAUGCAACGAGAGAAUCUCAGACAGCCACGGCAAAAUCUAUUGGACGAUAAACAACAAGAGCAUAGACGAGAGCCUCUAUGAAACUAACUCCUCCGUUGCUGCGGUGACAAUCUACAAUGUAUCCCUUCCAAAAGCAAUAGUACAAUGUCACAGCCAUUCAACUAAGCAAGUCUUGGGUGGUACCAUCAUACAGACAUACCGGAAACCCAGAAACAUAUCAUGUGUCACGUAUAUCUCAAAACAUUUUACAUGUCACUGGGAGCACAAGAUCAAACCCACAUCGAAAAUAACAUAUACCGUUUAUAGGGAAUGGGAAAUAAGACAAGACGAAUGGAAGUGUGAUCAUUGUAGUUCUGGAAGCACGUCAUGCACUUUUAAUAGCCUGCCGAUACUUUCAAAGCUAAAUUACAUCACUGUGCGAGCUAAAAGCACAGUUUGGGAGACAAUCUCCGACACACUGGAACUGUAUCCCUGGGAUACAGUGAAAAUUGACCCUCCAACGAAUGUGCUGGUGGUUCCUCUCCCUGCUAGUCUAAGGAUUGAAUGGGAAAAUCCAGGCACAGACUAUCCUGACCAGGUCACACACUGUCAAGUCCAAUAUGGCAAGCAUGUAAUGGAUACAUCUAUGAACACAGGGGCCACGACUGCCUCUGUCACUUCUGCAGAAGUGGAGCCAUGCACCAACCACACAGUGUCUGUCCGCUGUGCUUUAGAAAAGGCCCCUUGGAGUGAAUGGAGCAGGCAGGUGACAGUUCUGUCCUCUCUCAACGUGAGCACAGUGCAGUUGGACCUGUGGAGGAAGAUGGAUGCACCAGACGACACUGGGACUAGAACAGUGCACCUGAUGUGGAAGGGCAUCUCCCCUGCAUGCAAGGCCAUCGAUGGAUACAGGCUGACAUACAUGGCUGAUGAAAAGCACAUACCUGACAUACAUUUGGACAGCGUUGUGGAUAAGGCUUCUAUCACUGUGGACCAGCAGGCGUACAGAGUCACUCUCGCUGUCUAUCGUGGUAACACCACAUUUUCUGAACAGUCAAUCUAUGUACCCGCCGUUGGACAAAGUAAGUUGCCAUACUUACAGGCCUCAGCCCAUGACGGUGACAUCCAGGUCAGCUGGGCUGUUCCUCCUCUCCUCUCUGUCCAUGGAUACAUCAUAGACUGGACCACCGAUGGAGAUCCAUACACCUGGCUACAGAGCCAAGACACUCACAUCUCAUUGACUGGCCUGCAGCCUUUUAAACUAUACAACAUCACAGUAACUCCACUCUACGAUGACAAGACAGGACUGGGAAAAGUCAUUCAGAUCUGCUCAAUAGAAAGAGCUCCAGGGAAUAUAUCCUCCGUUGAUGUACAUGUUCAAGACAAAAGUGCUCAGGUCAACUGGACUGCUGUGCCUCAGAGCCAAUGUAGCAGUGUUGUCAUCAACUAUACUGUGUUCUACAAGACUGAAACACAACCAGAGCGGAACGUGACUGUAAACAGCUGGAAACAGGAAGUGACUUUGGAGCCUCUCCAACCAGGCACCAGAUACAGUGUCCAUGUCAUGGCCAGCGCUGUUACUGGGGCAACCAAUAGCAGCGUCACUCACUUCACCACGAACAGAUACAGCUGGACCUUCAUCAUAAUGCUCUGUGUCUUGAGUGGUCUCAGCAUCAUCAUCGUCCUAGUCACUGGACUCUUCUGCGUCAUUCAGUGGAACAGGUUUUUGGGGAAGAUGGUGCCAAACCCCGGUCUCAGCUCCUUGGUAUUCUGGUCUUCACAGGAUUGUCAUAAGAUCCAGCCCUUUAACAACCUGCCUGAACUCGAGACCUUCUGUGAGAGAAUCUACCCUUGUGACGUGAACGCCAUAACAGACGACAUCAUGGGAUCAACCUCUACAGAAGACGAGGACAUACAGGACAAGGGCAACGAGACAGUCUGUGACCAGACAGCGAGAUGGAGCUCUGGCUUCGGUAGCAGGACCUCCUGUGACAGCCAACCCAGAGAGGAGAGCAGUAACCUGGGCCUGGCCCCAACCUGCCUCACUUUACUGGCUCAACAAGACGGAGGAAUCAACCUGGUGGAGUCAACCACCUCUGAGGACUCAUCAUCAGAGCCAUCAGACCUCCAGGCCUCCGAGAGCUGUCCCAUCAACUCCUACAGGUUGCAGAGUCCAGGGGAAUGCCCUGUGAGGUUGGGGCUGGGGAGAGGCGAGGCGAGGUCGGGCGCCACAGAGGAGAGUAGGAGCCUUUUGGACACCAAGCAGCAUAGCAUCAAAGCUCCUCUCACAGCGUACAUCACUCUGGACAUGUUUGAACACAGGCGGCCAGCUGAAGGAAAGUAAACAGACAUGAACACACUCCUGAAUCCAGUGGACUUCUCAGUGUCUUUCCUGUACCUUUAUUCAUUCAGUUUUAAUGUCUCAUAUAGGCUACUGUGUUUUUGUGUUAGUGGUACUUUUAAAUAUACAUUUUGUAAUUGUACUUGAGUGACAAUUUGUAUGUGUAUUUGUAGAUUGUAAAGCUGGAUAGAUAUCCGUUUUUGCAUUAAGAUGGUUCUUUCAAUUUGA